UCCCUGCGCAACUCCCGGCUGAAGUGACUCAGACAGGAAACUCCCUGCCAGGCGCGGCCCAGGAGCGGAGCCGCCGGGCCGACGCGACCCUCGGCGGCCGGGCCGAGCGGAGCCCGCGGGCGGCCGGACAGACAGACGGACAGUCGGGCUCCUCCCGCCGCCGGGCAGCGCGCUCCCGGGAGCCGGCGGAGAGCGGGUGCAAAAUGACUGCUCAAGUAACUCUGGAGGAUGCCUUGUCCAAUGUGGAUCUCUUGGAGGAAUUACCAUUGCCGGAUCAGCAACCGUGUAUUGAGCCCCCACCAUCAUCUCUUCUCUACCAGCCAAACUUCAACACUAAUUUUGAAGACAGAAAUGCAUUUGUCACUGGUAUUGCAAGAUACAUUGAGCAAGCUACAGUCCAUUCUAGCAUGAAUGAAAUGCUAGAAGAAGGCCAGGAGUAUGCAAUCAUGUUAUACACAUGGAGAAGCUGCUCAAGAGCCAUUCCCCAGGUCAAGUGCAACGAGCAGCCUAACAGAGUAGAAAUUUAUGAGAAAACUGUGGAAGUUCUGGAGCCAGAAGUCACAAAACUGAUGAAUUUUAUGUAUUUUCAGAGAAAUGCGAUUGAACGGUUUUGUGGGGAGGUGAGGCGGUUGUGCCACGCAGAGAGGAGGAAGGACUUUGUGUCUGAAGCCUAUCUGAUCACACUGGGCAAAUUCAUCAACAUGUUUGCCGUGUUGGAUGAGUUGAAGAAUAUGAAGUGCAGUGUGAAGAACGACCACUCAGCCUACAAGCGAGCUGCUCAGUUCCUGCGGAAAAUGGCAGAUCCUCAGUCCAUUCAAGAAUCUCAGAACCUUUCCAUGUUCCUUGCCAACCACAACAAGAUAACACAAUCUUUGCAGCAGCAGUUGGAGGUGAUUGUUGGCUAUGAGGAGCUGCUUGCAGAUAUUGUGAAUUUGUGUGUGGACUACUAUGAAAACAAAAUGUACCUAACACCCAGUGAGAAACAUAUGCUUUUGAAAGUGAUGGGCUUUGGAUUAUACUUGAUGGAUGGAAGUGUCAGUAACAUCUAUAAGUUGGAUGCAAAGAAAAGGAUAAAUUUAGCCAAGAUAGACAAGUACUUUAAGCAGUUGCAGGUUGUCCCACUGUUUGGUGACAUGCAGAUUGAACUUGCAAGAUACAUUAAGACCAGUGCCCAUUAUGAGGAAAAUAAAUCCAGAUGGACAUGCACGUCUUCCAGCAGCAGUCCCCAGUACAAUAUAUGUGAGCAGAUGAUCCAAAUCAGAGAAGACCACAUGCGUUUCAUAUCUGAACUGGCUCGUUACAGCAACAGUGAGGUGGUGACUGGGUCUGGUCGACAGGAAGCUCAAAAAACAGAUGGGGAAUAUCGGAAGCUCUUUGAUCUCUCUCUCCAAGGCCUGCAACUUCUCUCCCAAUGGAGUGCCCAUGUCAUGGAAGUGUACUCGUGGAAGCUGGUGCACCCAACUGACAAAUAUUCUAAUAAAGAUUGUCCUGACAAUGCAGAAGAGUAUGAAAGAGCAACAAGAUACAAUUAUACUAGUGAGGAGAAGUUUGCUUUGGUUGAGGUGAUUGCCAUGAUCAAAGGUCUUCAGGUGCUGAUGGGACGAAUGGAAAGUGUUUUCAAUCAUGCCAUUCGUCAUACAAUUUAUGCAGCUCUUCAGGACUUUGCCCAGGUCACACUUAGGGAGCCAUUAAGACAAGCCAUUAAAAAGAAGAAAAAUGUCAUUCAGAGUGUUUUGCAGGCCAUAAGGAAGACAGUGUGUGACUGGGAAGCAGGUCACGAGCCAUUCAAUGACCCAGCCCUAAGGGGAGAGAAGGACCCCAAAAGUGGAUUUGACAUCAAAGUCCCAAGACGUGCAGUUGGACCCUCCAGCACGCAGCUUUACAUGGUGAGAACUAUGUUAGAGUCCCUCAUUGCUGACAAAAGUGGUUCCAAGAAAACCUUGAGAAGUAGCCUUGAGGGGCCCACCAUAUUGGACAUAGAAAAAUUCCAUCGCGAGUCUUUCUUCUACACUCAUUUGAUAAAUUUCAGUGAAACUCUGCAGCAAUGCUGUGAUCUGUCCCAGCUGUGGUUCAGGGAAUUCUUCUUAGAGCUAACCAUGGGCAGAAGAAUCCAGUUUCCCAUUGAGAUGUCCAUGCCUUGGAUUUUGACGGAUCAUAUUUUGGAAACAAAAGAGGCAUCAAUGAUGGAGUAUGUUCUGUAUUCUUUGGACCUUUAUAAUGACAGUGCUCAUUAUGCACUUACCAAAUUUAAGAAGCAGUUCCUCUAUGAUGAAAUUGAGGCAGAGGUAAACCUGUGUUUUGACCAAUUUGUCUACAAGCUGGCAGACCAAAUAUUUGCAUACUACAAGGCAAUGGCUGGCAGCCUGCUUCUGGAUAAACGGCUGCGUUCAGAGUGCAAGAACCAGGGAGCAACCAUUCAGCUGCUGCAGUCCAACCGCUACGAGACACUGUUGAAACAGAGACACGUUCAACUCCUUGGCAGGUCCAUAGACCUGAACCGGCUGAUCACGCAGCGCAUUUCGGCAGCCAUGUACCGCUCCAUGGAGCUGGCCAUCGGCCGCUUCGAAAGCGAGGAUUUGACUUCCAUUGUGGAGCUGGAUGGCUUGAUAGAGAUAAACAAAAUGACUCACAAGCUUCUGAGUAGAUACAUGACCUUGGACAGCUUUGAUGCCAUGUUCAGAGAAGCCAACCACAAUGUUUCAGCCCCUUACGGCAGAAUCACUCUUCAUGUCUUUUGGGAACUCAAUUAUGAUUUCCUUCCAAACUACUGCUACAAUGGAUCAACUAACAGGUUUGUUCGGACUGUGCUGCCAUUUUCUCAGGAGUUUCAGCGUGAUAAGCAGCCUAAUGCACAGCCACAGUAUCUCUAUGGAUCAAAGGCAUUGAAUUUGGCAUAUUCCAGCAUUUACAGCAACUACAGGAAUUUUGUUGGUCCACCCCACUUUAAAGUCAUCUGUAGACUUCUUGGAUAUCAGGGCAUUGCUGUGGUGAUGGAAGAAUUGCUGAAAGUUGUCAAGAGCCUGUUACAAGGGACCAUUCUUCAGUAUGUCAAGACCCUAAUGGAAGUGAUGCCUAAGAUCUGUAGGUUACCAAGACAUGAGUAUGGUUCUCCAGGACUCCACUGGGGAGCAGAUUGGUCUUUCAUCAGAAAUAGCCUGUGUAGCUCUGUAAACUUUCUUCUGUUUUGCUGGUAAAUCAAGCUCUUGAUCUAAAGGGAAGAAGUACACUAAUGAUGGCAGCAUUUGGAACACCUGCAUGCUAAAUACUGGCUGUCAGAUUUUCAAAAUAAUACGACAGUUUGUUCAUGAAUGCGUGUGGGUGUACAUAUUUAUAUAUCUGUAUAUGGAGACUGGGCUUUGAGUGAAGAAAUAAGGAGCUUUGUUAAGGACUUGGAGAGGAGCUCUGUCACCUGGAUUGACUGUAAAAGACAGUAAGUAAUUUUUAUGGUAUGAACCUCAAGCCUCUUUGACUUUUACUGUCCUGCUGCUUUUGGGUGCACUUAAAUGUCUCAUUUUGGUUUCAGUCAAACUUUCAGGAUGAGUCUGUUUGUGGUCACAGUUCUUUGUGCUGCUCGUGGUUUCUCUCUGUGCCAUUCUGCUCCUUUAUAUUUGCUUCAGGGGACAUGGGUUAUUCCCAGGAUUUCACUGCCCAUGAAAAAAUAUUUCUCAUCUUUCAGAUGAGAUGUCAGCCUUUUUUCCUGAAACUCCCCACAAAAUCCACAGGUUGGGAAGGGGAUUGAAUGGAGUCUGAAAAUCCUAUUCUUUUUGAUCCCUGUCAUGACCAGUGGUUGUUUCCAUGCUGCAGCAGCAGAAUCUUCCUUGCUGUUCUGCUCACCUUAUGUUUCUCACCAAGCUGCUCCUCACCCCCCACACAAGCUAAAGGGAAGAGCGUGUCCACGGCCACGCAUGUCACCAAUAUCCUGUUUGCUUGGACAGUGCUUUCUCUCCAUGGUCACCCUGUGGAGAAGUCCACAGUUCCUCAUGGUGUUUCAGGGAGUCUUACAGGCCGUGUGUUGGUUCACCAUCAAUCUCUGUGUAUGUAGCACAGAUCAUAAGACCAGAAACAUUGGUACAUGUUUUAGUUUGAUUUCCUUUAUGGCAUAGACUUAGGUCGAGGCUAACACUUCUUUUUGCAGAAAGUCUUGGAAUGAGGAGAGUAUUUGGCUUCUUGCAGUUCAUCCUUUCUUUCUAGAUGUGGAAAUCCAACAAACACAAAACAAAGACUAGGGUGUGAAACUAAAACACUGUAGGUUUGUGAUAAAUCUGAUUUCAGUUCCCUAACUUUGCAUUUUCUUCCUAGCAUCAAAAGAUUUUGGGGAAAAAUUUUCAACCUUUUCAGUCUGAUCUUUAAAAUGCGAGUCCCAGUAUUCAGCACUGCAGAAUCCCAUUGCCAUGGGGGGCAGGUGUGUUUAAAUGACAAACACAAGUGUUCACUGCUCCUCACACACCUGGGGAUUGUGACUGGCUGGUAUCCUGCCGUGUUCAGUGAGCACUGCCAGCCUUUCCCACAGCUUUUCCAUUCCACAGUCCCUGCAUUGUGGGGAGGUGGGAAUUGGUGAUGUGCUGGCAUUGUUUGCUUUUUAGCUAGUUGUAAAUGUGUUACCUUGGAAUAAAUUAAGCUCAGCAAGCACACGCUAGAUCUGACCUUUCUCCAUCAGUUUUUCAGUUCUGUUUUUCUUUGAAGUCACCAAAGUACUCAAGUUAGGUCUGAAAUUCACCUGCAGUGAAUUUCAUGUGGGAACACUCAUUUGCUGUUAAUUUUCUAUCGACAAACAAUUCUUUGAGAUGUAACAGAGCCAGCCUGCAUCCCCUCAUCAUGCACUUUACAGAUGUUUUGUGUUACUAAUUUUAAUUAUAUGAGGCUUUCUGUAGAAGUGUGUGGGUUACCUACAUAAUUCUUUCCUUCACUGUAUGUUUUCAAGUUCCUUUGUGUCAAGUUUUGAGUGGGUCUUGGGCCUUCAAAGAGACAAGAGCAGUUGGUUGCUGUAAAGUUUUUUAUUGCAUGAAUGCAUCAGUCUCAAAGGCAAAGAGUUCAGAGUAUUAAAAUCUGUGCUAAAAGCUUUCAGGAAUAGUCCCAAUGUCCCAAGCAGCAGCAGCUCCCACACCUUUUUUUUUUCUUCCUCUUUUUCAUCCCAGAACAGUGGGAUUUUAUUAAUAAAUCAUCCAAUCAGCUAAAAACAUGAUUCUAAAACAUUCUUCCUGCACCUGAGCUUGAUUCUAAAGUAGUGUUGGUUCUUACACAAAAUCUACGCAUAUAAUUCUGUCUGUUCUAUCUAGAAAUGCAAGCAAUGUUCUGCUGUGUUUUCAUUAUGUCUAGAGCUAAGUUAAUUUUGUGAAAGGUAACACUACUGAACUUUAAACUAGGCUUUAGGGCUUUUUACUAGCUAAUACAGUUUCUUAAGGCACUUAAGAUAUAUUUCUGUUUACUUAAAACUUACGCUCU